GAUUCAUUAUCCUGCACAAAAGUAUUGUGUGGCAACCUUAAGCCAAGAUGAAGAUCGUGGUUCAUCUUCUUGCGUCCAUUUUCCUGCUGUCUGUGAUUAAAUGUGCUGAUGCCGUUCCACCUGAGGAAAAUCUGAAUUCUGCUGGGAGCUGGAUACAAGACAACCGAAUUCCUGGAGAUGAUGACAUCGUGUCCGAGUCAAGGAAUGUCAACCUAGCCGGGUGUGGCAUAAGUGGGCAAGGAUGUCAAAAUGGUGGGACCUGUGUUACCCUGAUGCCAACAACUCCAUCGAUUGCCCAAAACACUACACCAGCGAUCACCUCUCAUUGUGUGUGCACGGAAUCUUGGGAAGGGCAAUACUGCCAAAUUGACGUAGAUGAAUGUUCAAAUGGACCUUGUGACCAACAUUGUGAAAAUACACCAGGGUCGUACCAGUGCAGCUGUCUUGAGGGCUACAUUCUGAAUCAAGACUCAGUAAACUGUGACGAUGUCAACGAAUGUACAGAAUCCAACAAUGGACGUGGGCCAUGCCAGGAAGGAUGCAGUAAUACACCAGGAUCAUUCAUUUGCUCGUGUGACCAAGGCUACUUCCUCAGACCAGACUCCGUGACGUGUGGAAACUCUAUCAGCCGUUUCGCUUUUCAAGAUGAAAAGUACAUCAGGCAACACGACAAAAAGAUUAUUGACGACCUCGCUACAGCAGCUGACUGUGCUACGGAAUGUAUGGAGGAAACGGAAUUCUACUGUCGAUCUUUCGAUUGGAAGCCACGGAAAUGGCUACAUGAAACAAAUAAAUGCUUUCUAAGCAUAGAGAACAGUGGCACAAUCGCGUCGCUUGAAAGUGGGGCUCGUUUCGAGUACUACGAAAGAACAUCUACAACAGACCCAAGGAAGUUUACUCAGCAGUUCAAAAAAGCCCCGAGUGCGUUCUACGAUCAUUUUCAUACUGGCUACACGGAGGCCCAGUGUGAAGCCGGUUGCCUCAACGUCAACGACUUCAUCUGCCUGUCCUUUACGUAUGGAGUUGCAAACACAAAGUGGGGACGGAGACACAGAUGCUACCUCAGCCCGUACGAUUCAACCAAUCUACCUAGUGGACAGAGCAUAGUGGACAACGACGAUUUCGACUAUUUUGAAGUUAAAAAAUGUCCAGUGGGAUUUUGGGGUUUGUCUUGUGACAACGAGUGUCACUGUGUCGACUCACAAUGUCAUCCAAUCAAUGGCCGCUGUAUCCAUGGUUGUGCACCAGGAUGGUCUGCAACAUCAUCGGAUUCUUGCAGUGAUGAUAUCAACGAGUGUGAUCAGAACAAUGGCGGCUGCAGUCAUGAGUGCAUCAAUGAGCUCGGAAGCUACCAGUGCCAAUGCAGACCAGGGUAUGAGCUAGCACCUGAUGAAUUGCGCUGUUUGGACAAAAAUGAGUGCCAAGAAAAUAAUGCGGGGUGUGAACAGGGAUGCCUAAAUACACUGGGGAGCUAUACAUGCAGCUGCAAUUAUGGAUUCUUUCUGGAGCCGGACGGACACACUUGUACAGCUUUGUUGUGCCCGUCGCUUCCUUCAGUACAUAACGGCAUGAUCACACCACAGUCCGUGUGUGAGACAUCAUCACAGCUACCGAUUAACACAACAUGUUCGUAUCAGUGCUCAUCUGGAUAUGAGCUUGAAGGACAGAGCGAUCGCUUUUGUCAGCUGGGUGGAAUUUGGAAUGACAACACACAGCCGAUCUGCAAAGCCGUGCGAUGCGACCCUUUAUCAAGACCAACCAAUGGUGACAUAAUCCCGGAGUCCUGCUACAAUGGCCAGCCAGAGUACGGUGGUCCAGCAUGCAUCUUUACGUGCCACUCCGGUUAUAUCCUGAACGGAACUCAGAUCCUACAAUGUACGGAACGAAAACAAUGGUCGUCUCCCCAACCAUCUUGCGUUCAAGAUCAGGCCCCACCUUACAUAUCAUGCCCUGGCAAAGUCACAGUUGAUUUACCAGUCGACACAAACUCCACAAUCGUCACAGUUCCUUUCCCUUCAACUGACGGUUCGAGACUGACACAAAACGUCACACUUGCAAGUGACGGGUCUGCAGAAUUUCCUGCUGGACGCACAGUUAUCGCCUUUGUGGCUGACAGCGGAGAUGGCACUUCUUCCUCUACAUGCACAGUUCAAGUAGACGUACUAGACAAACAGGCACCCGUCGUCACUUCCUGUCCAGCGGACGUUAUUGAGAUCUUUACCGAGAGCCGUUACGUCACCUCAGUCAUUUGGGAUGAGCCGCAAUUCUACGACAACGUUGGAGUUACGGAGAUAUGGAAAGCUAGGCAACCAGGUGGAACCCUGACGUGGGGGCUGUACAAUGUAAGGUACACAGGUUGGGACGCGGCCGGCAAUUCAGCCGAUUGCAGCUUUGUUCUUCAUAUCCAGCCAAAAACGUGUGGAGUUCCAGUCGGCCCCCGCAACGGGAACGCAAACUGUGUGUCUUGGCUCUAUGGUCUGUUCUGCCAGCCGACAUGCAACGCUGGACUAAUCUUCUUCGAGGAUCCUGCCAUAACCUAUGCCUGUGGGGCUCAGGCUGAAUGGAACCCGUCAAGAUACAUUCCCGAUUGUGUUGGUCACGUGCUGAAAAAUGGCGAUGACCCUUGCCCACCUGGAACCAUUGACAGGCUACAAGGCUCGGUACAACACUGCGCGAACUGUCCUCUUGGUACACGAGAGGUCAACGGUGAUUGCGUGAGUUGUGAUGUCGGCUCCUAUCAAAAUGCCGAGGGACAAACCGUUUGCAGUCUCUGCGCAGACAAUACUACAACUGCUGAAACUGGGUCUACAACUGUUAAUGAUUGCCACGGUCCCUGCAACGAGGGCUCCUUCUCAACCACUGGCCUCGGGCCAAACUGCACUUUGUGCCCAGUCGGGUUUUAUCAGUCACUGAAAGGGCAGGGAAAGUGCGAAGGUUGUCCUGACGGAGCAAACACGACCUCAGAGGGCAGCAUGUCGGAGAAUGACUGUUUGAAGACUGCUGUCAUCAUAAGGAUGACACCAGAUACUCCGCAUGCCGCACAUGUUGGAGAUGACAUAGACAUCGCCUGCUACGUACAGGGCCACCUUCCAUCUCGCAUUUGGUGGAAGAAGAGAAGCUACGAAGGUGAGGAGCAGGACAUCGCAGCAGCAUCCUACAGCUUCAACAUUGAUACAACAGAGUCAGCUCAGAUUCUCCACAUCACCCAGGCAACAGCGGAUGACAGUGGCUCCUACCAGUGCUAUGUGUCCAACCACCCGUUGGGAGAGGCCCAGGAUAUGAAGCAUGUGGACGUGUACAUCGUCCCAAAUAACACUGGCUAAACUACUUCAGCCUACCUGAUGUGUAGUAUGACAGAUACGUUUAAACUCGUGAUAUUUCAGCACUUUCAGCAAUUUCAAGAACCGGCUACUGAUAAGUGACUUGUAUCAUGACAUACGAUGUUGGCAAACGUGUAUCAAAUGUGCAAUGAUUCAACAGAGGAUGCAUGCGUAAAUUGCUUAAUGCAUGGAGAAUAACUAAUACUGCAACCUAAAUUUCCAUCUGUUUAGAUUAUUCUUAUAGAAUUGUAUCAUUUGAGCUGUUAAAGUGUGCUGUUAGGACAUAAACGUAAUGUAGCCUUUUAUUGUUUCUUACCUACUUGUGCAAGUACAAUUUCCAUGUGUUCGUUGAGUUUGCAGUGUUUGUUGAAAGGGUUAGAAUUGUUAUGCGAUGAUUUUACUAGACAAUUCAAAUGGUCUUGUAUAAGUAUUUGAUUAGGAAAUAAAUCCUUCUGAUAACUAA